AUGGCUGCGCACGAAUGGGACUGGUUCCAACGCGAGGGCUUCAUCGGGCAGCUCAGCGACAUCCGAGUCCAGAACCUUCAAGUUGAGAGGGAAAAUGUGCAGAAGAGGACUUUUACUCGCUGGAUCAAUCUACAUCUGGAAAAGUGCAACCCUCCACUAGAAGUUAAAGAUUUAUUCAUUGAUAUACAAGAUGGCAAAAUCCUAAUGGCUUUGUUAGAAGUUCUCUCUGGGCGAAAUCUGCUGCAUGAAUACAAGUCCUCAUCCCAUCGUAUUUUUCGGUUGAACAACAUAGCGAAAGCACUUAAGUUUUUGGAAGAUAGCAAUGUAAAAUUGGUUAGCAUCGAUGCAGCGGAAAUAGCAGAUGGCAACCCCUCUUUGGUUCUUGGGCUGAUAUGGAACAUAAUCCUCUUCUUCCAGAUUAAGGAGCUCACGGGAAACCUCAGCAGAAACUCUUCAUCUUUGAGCCUGUCACCUGGCUCGGGAGGCACAGACUCGGACUCCUCCUUCCCACCCACACCCACUGCAGAGAGGAGCGCCGCGCUGUCCCUCAAAGACCAGAGGAAGGCCAUCAAGACCCUGUUGGCGUGGGUGCAGAGGAAAACGAGGAAGUAUGGCGUGGCGGUUCAGGACUUUGCGGGCAGCUGGAGAAGUGGGCUGGCUUUCCUGGCUGUGAUAAAGGCCAUUGACCCCAGCCUGGUGGACAUGAGGCAGGCUCUAGAAGAUUCCACACGGGAAAAUCUAGACAAGGCUUUUAGCAUCGCACACGAUGCCCUUCACAUCCCCAGACUCCUGGAGCCGGAAGAUAUCAUGGUUGACAUGCCAGACGAGCAGUCCAUCGUGACCUACGUGGCACAGUUUCUGGAACAUUUUCCGGAGUUGGAAGCUGAAGAUUUUGUGGAUUCAGAUAAAGAAUUUCCUAUUGAGUCAACAUUUGUCCGCAUCAAAGAUACGCCUCCUGAGGAGGAAAGCAGAGUCUUCCUUGUGACUGAAAAUGGGGAGCGUGCCUACACCAUCAACCAUGAGACCAGCCACCCCCCACCCUCCAAAGUCUUUGUGUGUGACAAGCCCGAGAGUGUGACGGGGUUCCAGCUGCAGCCCUGCCUGGGUGGUGCUUCCAGUGGUGCGCUGCCAGACAGCUCCCAUGACCUAAUGCACCAGAUCAUCGACCAGGUCCUCCAGGGUGUCCCCUACAAGGCCAGUGACGUCGGUGAGCCAUCGCCAGAGACUUCCAUUUUAUCAUCCAGAAAGGACAGCCGCAGAGCCAACUCUUUGCCAGCCAAGAAGACCGUCCACUUUGAGACUGACAUUUACAAGGACGCUUCCUGCAGUAAAGACCCUUUCGGCGGUCAAGGUGUUUGCGUUGAAGGGAGCCCGAGAGGGGCAAAGGAGUCUUUGAAGCAGGAUGGACACGUCGUGGCUGUUGAGGCUGACGAGGGAAAGAAACCAAAACAGGAAGCCCCAAAGGACCCGGAAGCAGCCUCUGACAAGGCCCUGGAUGACGUUUCUUUGGCGGAUGCUAAGGCCAGUGACUCUCAGUCUUCCCCGGGUCCUCCCACCUGGAACGGGGCACUGGAGAAUACAGCUGACCACAUGGGAGAAAGCCGUCCUAUUGUGUCACCUGGAGAAGACGCCACUGUGGCUGAUUCCUUGGAGAUCACGGUUAAGCUGAUGAAUGUAGAAGCUAUGGAUAAAGAAGACUAUUUUGAAAGCAUACCGUUAAAAGCCUCUAAAUUUAAUAGUGACCUAGUCAGUUUUGCCUCUACCAGCCAUGCUUUUGAUGAGACUCCUUCACUUCAUGAAGACAAGCCCACCGAGAGUGACGCCUCAGAGGGUCAUGCUGAAAAACUGGGCAAAAGGAUAGCUAAGUCUGCCCAUAAAGAGAAAGAGUCAUCCGCGUCCCAGGUUACGGCUGACCAACCCGCACCUCACAAGGACCCUGGCCAAGACGUGCAAGGUUCUUUGGUGCCAGAAGAGGCACCUAUAGAUAAGAAACAAGGGGUAUAUGAAAAGGCGAAGCAGAAGUCCGUGCGUCAUCAUGGCGAGGAAGAGGAGGAAGAAGAGGGGUUCCAGGGGGAUGACGGAGAACUGCCUUCCAACCCCCCGAGCAGUAGCGUCAGCCUGGAGACCCUCAGGAGUCACAGCGAGGAAGGCCUGGACUUCAAGCCCUCCCCACCCCUCUCGAAGGUCUCUGUCAUUCCCCACAACCUCUUCUACUACCCACACUACGAGAUGCCCCUGGCUGCAGUUCUGGAGGCUUUCACUGAAGGCCCGGAGGACUUGAAAAAUGAAGACGCAGGUCUUGAAGACCCCGACGAUUAUUUGCAGGACCUGGACUCGAGGGAGGAGGAGGCCGAUGACGCUCAGAUCGGCUGCAGUUUUUUGGUGACAGGCAAGGAGCUUCCCAGGGCGAGUGACCAGGUGCCAUAUCUCGACAGGGGAGCUGUGGGCACCCUACGAGCCCCAGACCCCACGCCCUCAGCCCACCAUGAGGACCACCAGCAAGGGGAGGCCACUGAGAGCGACCCCUCAGAGAGGGAUCAGUCCCAGAAAUCCCCAAACUCGGAAAACUUAGUCAACCCUAUAGAAGAAAAGAUAAAGGAAGAAUCAACCAGCAGUAAAAAAAAGGAGAAAAGGAAACACGUGGACCACGUAGAAAGUUCGAUAUUUAUAGCGCCUGGAACUGUUCGAUCCUCGGAUGACCUAGAAGAAGACAUUGCUGUUCACAAAAUUCCCUCCAGGACUAGUCACAGUGACUCCAGCAUUUACAUUCGACGACAUACUAAUAGGUCUUUAGAAUCGGAUCAUUUUAGCUAUGUUCAAUUGAGGAAUGCCGCUGAUGUGGACGACAGAAGAAACCGAAUGUUAACAAGGAAGGCCAACAACUCGGGCGAGGCCAUGUUGCCGGGCAGCCACAGCCCGCUGAGCGACUCGCUGACACAGUUUGUCCAACAGCCAGACAUGAUGUAUUUUAUCCUCUUCCUCUGGCUCCUGGUCUACUGCCUGCUGCUCUUCCCCCAGCUGGACGUCAACAGGCUCUGA